GAACAGCAGCCCAUCCAUCUCUACUUCACUUCUCAAGAUACCCGUACUUGUUUUAUCUACAUUCACCACAUACUUGUAAUAUCUUAAUACAAAUUCCUUGACGGAAUCAAGCCACACCCUCUACAGCCAUGAAGUCCCUCGUCUUCCUCCUCCCAACCACCGCAUUCGCCGCCCUUACUUCGAUCACUCAGAACGACGUGAAGAAUGGCGGCGGUUGCAAACCAAUGACCGUCCUUUUCGCCCGUGGCACAACCGAACUUGGCAACAUGGGCAGCAUUGCGGGCCCGCCAUUUGUCACGGCCCUCGGCGCCAUGAUGGGAGGUGCUGCCAACGUCGCCGUACAAGGCAUCCAGUACCCAGCAGAUGUUCCAGGCUUCCUUGUUGGUGGUGACAAAGGAGGCAGUCAGCUCAUGGCGCAGAUGGUUGGACAGGUCAGGGCGCAAUGCCCAGACACUACACUGGUUAUGGCGGGCUACUCACAAGGUGGACAGCUCGUUCAUAACGCAGCAGAUAUGCUUAGUGCCCAGGACUCGGCCUUUGUGUCCAGCGCUGUCAUCUUUGGUGACCCAAACAACGGCAAGCCUGUCGGUAAAGUCGCGGCCGGAAACACCAAGAUCAUCUGCGCAACUGGCGAUCUUAUCUGUGCGGGCCAGGCUGUCAUCCUGGCGCCGCACUUGUCAUAUGGUGCUAAUGCGAACGAGGCUGCCAAGUUCGUCAUGAGCAACAUGGCAGCCGGUGGUGCGGCGGCUGGAGCUGGAGCUGCUGCCAAGGGUGCGGCAGCUAAGGGUGCUGCUGCUCGAAGCGUGAAGGCAAAGUAUUUCAUCUCUUAG